AUGAACAGCCAGAACUCCGCUACCAGCGUUCCCGUUGAUCUAUAUAAUGCCGAGGUGGGAAUCACAUUAUUGCUCGGCGCAGUUGAUGCAGCCAAAGCAUCAGCCGCGCAGGCGGCGGCAAGUCCGGCGGCGAGAAGGCUCCGCGCAGAGCCCGCGGGCCACCGUCGCGCGCAGUCCGACGCUGACGCCCUCACCGCCGCGGAUUGGGCGCACGAGCGCUUGCGCUCGUUUAACAUUCGGAAAACCGGCGAGGCGGAAGGGGUUUCUCCAGGUGGCGCAAUUUCCAGCACAAGCGCAGCUUCCGUGGCGGACGCUCCCCAUGCGCCCAGCCCGCGCGGGCGCAAGGUCUCGAGUGCUUUCGCAAGUCCCGCGAGCGGAGCAGUGGGGGGGAGAACGCAUACCUCGCGCGGCUCUUCCGCGCGAGCGCGGCGGGCGAGCGCGGAUGCGACAGACCUUGGGGGAGCCCUGUCGAUUGAGGGGAUGGCGACGGGGCAGAGUGACGGAAAAGUGAAGGUAGAACAGAAGGGAGAGGAGGACGAGAUCUCGGAGAAGCAGCAGCAGCAAGAGGAGAAGCAGCAGCAGCAGCAGCAGCUGCUGCUGCUGCGGCGGCGACAGAAGAAGCUGGUCCAGGCGAGCUUCGUAGAUCGAAGGACUGGAGAGACGGCUGGCCUUAGUCUUAGCCUCGGCGGGAAGGACAAGAGCGCGAACCAAUGGCGCUCCGCCAUUGAACGCUCGCCUGGCGCGGGCGGGCUUGUGUCGCCGCGCGUGGGGGAUGCUUCCCCUGGGGUUGCCGGGGAAGCGAUGCGAUCUGCAGGAGACGCGGCCGUUGCGGAGGCAGGGAGCGGGGCGAGGGUGAACAGGAAGGACGAGUGGAAUAACGAGAGGGUUGAAGAGAAGAGCGGGGAGGGGGUGAAGGUGGAGAGGAGAAGCAAGGAGAAAGGAGCUAGGCGGGACAGAGAAGACAGGCGGACGAGGAUAGAGGGGGACGAUGGUGGGUGGAAGGGAGCGACGGAGAGGGAGGCUGAGGGAGGGAGGGAGGAGAAAGGGAAAGGGAGGAGGGAGGAUAUGAGGGAGAACGGAACAGAGGAGGGGAGGGAAGAAGGGGCGGAGGGAAAGAUUGAAGAAGAAGGGGGAGGGAAGAGGGAUGGCACUGGGGAGGAACGGGUGGGUAAACAAGGGGAGGAAUGGAGAUCUCCCCACCUGCAAUCCGCACACCUUCCCCCCUCCCUCCUCUACCAAACCUUCCCUUUCCACCCUCCAUUCCCCCCCGCGCAUUCCCACCCUCUAGCCCCCCCUUCGCCAUUCUCCUUCCCUCUCUCCCCAGCGUCUCCCUCUCAGCUUCUGCGAAAAGUGUGGGAUGCAGAAGGGGCAUGUGAUAGCGGAGAGUUUCAGGGGGACCUGUAUGGGCUGGUCACGCCUGAUGCUGAAGAUUUGCACGAGUCUUGGCCUGCUGCUGCUGCUGGGGGUAGCAAGGCGCCCCAGGAAUCUAUGUCUGCAGCUGUGGGGGAUAGCAAGGGGAGAGAGAGAGUAGCAGGCGGCGAGUCUUUGGAGGAAAGUGAUGGGAGUGUGGCAAGUAUUGCGACGUCGCAGAGCUCUCGAAACUCAAAGGAUGGGAGUGCGUCGAGUUAUGUAGUUGCAGAAGAAAUGGAAGGGGCAAAGGAAUCAGAGAAGGAUGAGAGGGAAGAAGAUGGGGAAGUGGCUUUAACGGUGUGUAAACCGUUGGGGAGUGAUGGGACGAGAAGAGACGAGGGGGGUGAGGGGGAUGAUGAGGAUGGGGGGAGAGUGAUCGUGGUGCGAGUGGGGAGUGCAGGUGAGGUGGCUAAGAGCAGAAGCCCUAGAACUCCUGGGAAAUCUCCUGGUAAAAGCCCGACAGGGAGCAGGCGAAGAAGCCCCAGAAGUUUCAAGGAAGGGCAGGGCAGAAGUUCCAAGGGCGAGGCCUCGUUAUUGGAGAACUCGUUAUUAAGGAAUCAUACUGAUGACGAGAAAGAGCAGCAGAGGCGGCGCCGGGAGCGGCGGCUGCGGCAGCUGCGAGUGGGGAGGCGGUCGAGAGGUGCGGAUGAGGAGAUGUGCUGGGUGGAGGAGGGAGAUGAGGGGAUGGAGGGGUUGGAAGGGGAGACGGGGAUAGGAGAGAAAGGGGGAGGUGAGAGGGGGAGAAGCGAGUGGAAGGGAAGUGGCAGGCAGGCAGGUGCAGCUGAGAUGUUGCUGAUGAGGCAGUUGCAGGAGAGGGAAGAGGAUGAGGAAGGAGACGAGGGAGGAGAUGGGGGAGGAGAGAGGGGGGGAGAGAAAGAUGGAGGGAGAGAGCAGAGGAAGAGGGAUAGUUCCCGAGGCAGAGCUUCUUUCAGGGAGAUCGACAGCCGGGAAGGGAGGGAGGAAGAUGGAAGACGCACGGAGGGAGGGAGAGGGAAAGGAAGCAGGGAAGGAGGAGGGAACGAGGGCAAACAGCAGCAGGAGAAGGAGUGUACGGUAUCUGACAAUGGAGGGGGGAAGCAACCCAAAGAGAAGGAUGAGGUGGAGUUGAGAAGAGCACGGGAUGGGGAAGAAAAGGAGGGUGGGGAGCGGAAGGAGGGCGGGGAACGGAAGGAGGGCGGGGAACGGAAGGAGGGCGGGGAACGGAAGGAGGGCGGGGAACGGAAGGAGAGGAGAGGAAGGAAAGACGUCCUCUCAAAGCUCUCCAAGCGAGACAGUGCCUUGGCUCGCAGCAACGAGAAGGUAUACGCCACCAUGCGCCGCUCUAACGAUCUCAAAUCCACCAGCGGCGGUGACCCCUCUGAUCCUCUUAUCAAGCCCUCUGCUGCUGGAGCCCUCGCAGGCUAUGCAGCCUUUGAUGCAUCCAAGGUUCGCGGCGCGAUCACGCCGGGAAGGUCCCGGGGGAAGGGUGGCGGGACCUCGUUCCGGGCAGCUGAGAAAAGUUUGCUGCCCGAUUUUGAGACGACGGUGAUGGAUUUGAAGCUGGAUUUGAAGGCAGCAGCAGGUGCGGGUGCAGGCGCAGGCUCGUCUUGCUUUGAGGAUCAUCGGCAGAAGCUGUCUGCUUCAGCUGCUGCUGCCGCUGCCAUCGCUGCUGCUGUUGGUGGUGCUGCUGGUGGUGGUGGUGUUUCUUCUGCUUCUGCUGUUGCGACUGGUACCGAAGUCUCGAGCAGGAGCAGCCGGGCGAAGAGCCCUUGGCGAAGCUCCAAGGACAGAAGAGGGAUGUCUCAGGGCGACCUGCGCUUUGACCUCACAGCAGACCCCCUUGGGGGCUUGGAUAACGCCUCGGUGGGUGACACUGGGGGGCUGGGACGGGGAGGGCGGGGGCGGGUGAGAGAGGGGGGGUUUCGAAAGUCUGUUAAGCAGGAGAUUGGGAGCGGUUCGUAUGGGAUGAUCCGGGCUGUGCGGGAGAAGGAGACGGGGAAAACGUGGGCGUGCAAGAGCAUUGGGAAGGAUCAGAUUCAGACCAAGGCAGCAGUGGCAGCGUUGCAGCAGGAGGUGGCAGUGAUGCGGCUGCUGAAGGGGCAUGCGCACGUGGUGGAGAUGAAAGAGACAGUGGAAGAUGACACGCACGUGCACAUCAUCAUGGAGCUCUGCAAGGGAGGGGACCUCUUUGACCGCAUCAAGCAGCGCAGCCGCUACGAGGAGAAACCCGCAGCCGCCGUGCUGCAGCAGCUGGCGCUGGUGCUGCGGGCGUGCCACUCCCUGGGGGUCAUGCACCGCGAUGUGAAGCCCGAGAACCUGCUGCUCUGCUCGCCCACUGAUGACGUCGCUGUUAAAGUCACGGAUUUUGGGAUUGCUGCUACGAUCAAAUCAGGCGCCAAGCUCACGGAGUUCAUAGGGUCCCACAUGUACAUGGCACCAGAAGUGAUCAACAAGAGCUACAGUGCCGAGGCCGACAUUUGGUCGGCGGGAGUCGUCCUAUACGUCCUUCUGGCCGGCGUGCCGCCCUUCUGGGCCUCCACAGAAUCGGGAGUGCUGGAUGCAAUCGUAUCCAAGCCUCUCAACUUCUCCUUCCCUCCAUGGCCUUCCAUUUCCACGGAGGCAAAGGACCUUAUAAAAGAGAUGCUUAAGAAAGACCCAGCGGAGAGAAUCACACUGGAUGCUGUGCUUGAGCAUCCUUGGAUCAAGACUCAUACUGCACACUUGUGA